UGUGUGUGUGCUGAUGCGAACCGGCUGCCGGCCUCUCUCCGUGUCUCGGUGUGUAUAUAAAGGUCGGGAGGAUGUCAGCGCGCUGAGCUCGCGGACAAGAUGCCGCUCGGUCUGAUGCUGCUGCUGACGGUCGCCGCCGCCGCCGCCACCGCCGACCUGCCCGGGACGGGCGCCUCGCUGCCGGCGUCGGAGCUCAGCUUGUCCCCGCCGGUCCCCGCCUCUCCCUCCUCCCCGCCGCUCCUCCUCACGCAGAAACCCGGGAUGGAGUUCGGGGCGCCCGGUGUCGCUUUGGCCCGGUCCGCCGCGGAGGAACCGUCCGGUACCGGAGAGGAUGAGGGGGGAGGAGAACAGCAUCACCAUCACGGCGGCGGGUACCGGGUGGUCCAGUGGGAGUGGAGCUACGUCCAGACUCCGUACAUCAUCGCCAUCUGGCUCCUGGUGGCCAGUGGGGCCAAGAUCCUCUUCCACCUCUCCCAGCGCUUCACCACCGUGGUCCCAGAGAGCUGCAUGCUGAUCCUGAUUGGUCUGGUUCUGGGCGGGAUCGUCCUCAUAGCCAAUAAGAAGCAGCUGUAUCAGCUGGAUCCUGCCCUCUUCUUCCUCUUCCUGCUGCCAACCAUUGUGGGUGACGCCGGCUACUUCAUGCCGGCCCGGCUCUUCUUCGACAACCUGGGAGCCAUCCUGACGUACGCCGUGGUGGGAACGCUGUGGAAUGCUUUCUGCACCGGCUUCUGCCUGUUCGCUGCCAAACUGCUGGGUGUCAUAGACGAGGGCGUGGAGGCCGGCCUGAUGGACUUCCUGUUGUUUGGUGCCUUGAUCUCAGCCGUCGACCCUGUGGCGGUGUUGGCCGUGUUCGAGGAAGUUCACGUCAACGACACACUCUUCAUCAUUGUGUUUGGAGAGUCGCUGGUCAACGACGCCGUCACUGUGGUUCUCUAUAAGGUCUACAUCUCCUUCGUGGAGGUGGGAGCAGAGAACGUCCAGACAGCUGAUUACUUCAAAGGAGUGGCCUCCUUCCUCAUUGUCAGCAUCGGGGGGACUCUGGUGGGUCUGGUCUUUGCCGUCAUCCUCGGCUUCAUCACCCGUUUCACCAAGAAGGUCCGCAUCAUCGAGCCGCUCUUCGUCUUCCUGCUGGUCUACCUGGCGUACCUGACCGCCGAGCUCUUCUCGCUGUCCGCCAUCUUGUCGAUGACCUUCUGUGGCAUCGGAGCUAAUAAAUAUGUGGAGGCCAACAUCUCCCAGAAGUCCCGGACCACCGUCAAGUACACCAUGAAGACCCUGGCCAGCAUCGCUGAAACCAUCAUCUUCAUCUUCCUCGGGAUCUCAGCGGUGGACAAGUCUAAGUGGGCCUGGGACACGGGCCUGGUGUCCUGCACGCUGGUCUUCAUCUUCGUCUUCAGAGCUGUGGGUGUGGUCGGCCAGACCUGGGUUCUAAACCGCUUCCGCCUCGUCCCGUUGGAUAAGAUCGACCAGGUGGUGAUGUCGUAUGGUGGCCUGCGGGGGGCAGUGGCUUUCGCUCUGGUGGUGCUGCUGGAUGCUGAGCAGGUCAAAGCCAAGGAUUACUUCGUGGCCACAACCAUCGUGGUGGUCUUCUUCACUGUCAUGUUCCAGGGUCUGACCAUCAAACCGCUGGUGAACUGGCUCAAAGUUCCUCGUUCCACCAACAGGAAGCCGACCAUCAACGAGGAGAUCCAUGAGAGGGCCUUUGACCACAUCCUGACUGCAGUGGAGGACAUUGCAGGACUGCAGGGGUAUCAUCACUGGAGAGACAAGUGGGAGCAGUUUGAUAAGAAUUACCUGAGCAAGCUGCUGCUGAGGAAGUCGGUGUACAGGAAGAGCGAGCUGUGGGAGGCUUAUCAGAAGAUCAACAUCAGGGACGCCAUUAGUGUCAUUGACCAGGGUGGGAACGUCCUGACUUCAGCCAGGCUGUCUCUUCCCUCGAUGGCCAGCAGAGCUUCGUUUCCUGAAGUCACUAACGUCACCAACUACCUGCGUGAGAACGGCAGUGGUGUCUGUCUGGAUCUCCAGGUCAUCGAUAACGUCCUCGGAGCCAAAGUAGAGGAGGACAUGGAGACACAUCAUGUCCUCGCUGGAAACCUGUACAAGCCCAGGAGACGGUACCAGUCCCACUACAGCCGCCACUUCAUGCCUCUGGGGGAGAAGGAGCGUCAGGACCGGGAGGUGUUUCAGAGGAACAUGAGGAGCCGGAUGGAUGCGUUCAAAUCCACCCGACACAAGCGGCACAAGAAGGAACGCAGCCUGAAGAAGCGCCGAGGAUCAGACAUCAAGGAGGACAGUGGCGACAAACCCAGACGCAAUGUCAGCUGGCAGGAUAAAGACCCAGACCCGGUAGUGGUUCCUGUGGAACCUGAAGACAACAAAGCAGAACAUUCAGACCCAGAGAAGGAGGAAGAUAUGGGCAUCACCUUCGUCGCUCGUAAGGUGGAGACACCAAAACAGCGACCCAAAUCAGUCCCAGCAGCUCUGGAAGGGAGUUCACCAGCUGGAUCCCCAUCACCACACAGUGAAGACCCCCACCUGCCGUGGAAAGGUAGUGUUGGUUCUCCUCCUCCCUGUGUGUCCGUGGAGGCCACAAAGAUCAUCCCUGUGGACCUGCAGCAGGCCUGGAACCAGAGCAUCUCCUCCCUGGAGAGCGUCUCGUCUCCACCCGCCCCUGCUGAACCCGUCCAUCCUCGUAUCAGCGCCCUCUCCAGGCUGGGGGCCCCCCGUCCAGCCUCCUACACCCCGCCAGGCAGCACGGCAGGCAGCACCACCUCCUUGGGGGCUCAGGUGUCACAGGGCACCUUCUGCUUCCCGGAGAAGAAGAAGAAGAAGGAGGUAGAGGAGGAGGAGGAGGAGGAAGAAGUGUCAGCAGAGGAAAUGCUGCCACUCAUGUCUUCCAUGAGGACCCCUGGAUCCUUACCGCCACCCCCACCCCCGCCCCCGCCCGGCUCCGGGAGAAGGAGGAACCCCUGCGUGUACCUGAGGAGCCUGGUGACGGCACCCCCUCCUGGCAGCGAGGAGCUGCACAGCCGUGGUCCCACCCAGCUGUGAUCAGGAAAACAUCACACACAGAAGAGGCAGGUCGACAGGCCAGCCAAUAGGAAACCAGCUCUCCAUCUGUCCUCCAGCAGCUUAGCCUCCUAGUCAGAACUGUUGUCUCCUCCCAUCCGAUCAGCCUGUCUGCCUGCUGCAGGAAGUGAAUCACAUGACCAGACAGCAGUUCAGUCACUGCCACUCGUUACCAUGACAACACAAGCUUCCAGUUUAGAGCUGCAGGUGUAUGAUGGAGGGCAUGAUGCUCACAGGAUCAGAUGGUGUGAUCAAUGUAGAGUUAAGCUGACCAAACAUGAAUGUAUAAAACAUCAUACUUCCCAACUUUCUGUCCAAUUUCCUGUCUGACCACCAGUCCAACUUUCUAUACA